CGACACCAUCGUGAGGGGAGCUGGGUUGUUCCGUUCCUUUGAGGCCGUACUGUACUUUCACGGCAAGAGUAAGUUUGCCAACAAAACAACUAACUGCAAAGUACCGUACGCUGCUUGGCUUGUGUACCGGUACGAAUGGUGCGAAGCUAUUUCGCCCCAAUUGUGGCAACAAAUCCAAGCCCUCAUCCACCGCUACGGUACGACACUCGCUACGAUAAUAUCUAGCUAGCUACCUAGAGCUCGGCUAUAUAGACAAUGGCAGAGACUGCUGCUGACACACAUUCAUGUAAUUACUUACUGUAGAAAUUUUUAACGCACUAUCUUUUGGGGGGUGACGGUCCUUGCCAUCUUAAUAGUUUGCUGUUUCUCCUCAUCGUCCAUCCAUUGCAAUGGAUAUGCAAUUGAAUGACUUACAAAUCUUUAUAUUCGGGAUACUUUUCCUUGAGAGCAGCCAAUUCUUUGGAUUCGCGAAACUGGGUGGGCCAUUUUCCUCCGACUUUCAUGGCCAUUUGAUGAGGAUUGGAAAUGUAAUGCAAUCCAUUAAAGGAGAGACCUCCCAUAAAGGCACCAUUGACAAAACCGGCCACAAGCGCCACGGGAAACGAUUUGGUCAUGGCACCCAUGACCAUACCCGCCGCGAAACCACCACCGGCCGAAUUCCAAUGCGGACUGGUCUGUUCGGGAUCUCGCAACGAUUCCAUCAUACAUUCGACUCCGGCAUAUGUCAUGGCGACGGUCGAAAAGGCCGCCAUGGGACGGGCAAAUCCGGAUCGAAAAAACGCCCAAUUGUCGCGCAUUUUAAUGACACCUUUGGGAAAGUAUUCGACGGGAUCGGGUUGCCACGGGACCGACACCAAAUUGUAGAAAAUACCAAAUGUCAAGCCCAUGGCAGCAGCGGUUCCAACGCGUUCCAUACAACCGCCACCGGCCACGUCGGGAAGGGCCGUAAAGGACUUGACCACUGGACCCAACAAAGGAUUGUUGUAGAAAGGACCAAUGCCCUCGUCUUUCGGAUCGCGGCUCAUUAUUAAUAACAAAAAGUCAGUACCUUCCAUUCAUUCAUCCUCAACUGAGAUACCAGCUAUAGCUAGGUAGAAGAUGACUCUCCAAGUGGACGAUUCCUUUGUCUUGUACCAAGAUGGCAUUGGUAUAGAAGAACGAGCUUUGGAGGGACGAACGGCAGUUGCCACCAAACAGUUUUCGGAGUUGUAUACUUGCAUUCUACGAGAAGAACCUGCCAUUGUCAUCGAUGGCAAUUACCACGAUUUUCUAGUCAAGUUUGCUGCCAGUAGUCGCAGCACUCAGCAAUCCAUUCUAGAUAUGUACCAUCCUCCUCUCACAGAAGAAACCAAGAAACGAGAUUCGGCCGUGCGACUCUACCAACAGUUGGAAUCUGAAAAAAGUACACAUGCAUCAUUGAAAGAACAAUACAAGCACCAGUACAAUGUUGACUUUGUCCACAAGCUAUUGGCCAUUUUUGCCUGCAAUGCUCAUGAAUACACAUAUCACAACAACAACAACAACAACAACAACAACAACAACAACACCACCACUACUACCAAGGGCAACUCAGCCGCCCUCUUUGUCAUGGGCUCCAAAAUGGCACAUUCCUGUCAUCCCAAUUUGGCAUACACAUCUCAAACCAAAGCGUUGGAGUAUCGCAUCAUUCGCACACCCGUCCAAAAGGGUGAUGUUUGGACAUUUAGCUAUAUCAGUCGCAAUCUAUACAAAAUACCAACUUACAAACGACGACAUUUUCUGCAACGCACCAAAUCCUUUUUUUGUCACUGCCAACGGUGUCGGGGACCCGAUUAUUGUCGGGUCGUCACAUGUCACACCUGUCACACCAUCCGCAUGCCCUGUAUCUACGACCCUCAAACAUUUCAACCCACGUGGUUUUGUGCGGACUGUGGUACUACAGACGUGCCGGCAUCCUUGGAACGAUCGCUCGAGGAACGACUCGUCACUCUCGAUCUACAACAGUACCUGACAUGCACGGAACCACCCACAGAGCUACAAGCCAUUGCCGAGGAAGCCUCCCAAACGCUAUCCCCAACCCAUCACAUUACCAUUACAGCACUCGAAUACUUGGCACCCAUUCUAACACAGCAAUCCAAACAACAAUCUACUACUGCCUUGAAGAUUCAGGCCGUGACGACGGCAUGUCAAGCCGUGGCUGCUUCUGAAUGUGUGGCUGCCGGGUGCCUCGGAUGCGACACUAGGACUAGUGACAAUGACAACAGCAAACCUCAUCAGCAUGAACCCCUCUAUGAUCGUGCCAUGGCCAUGUGGGAAGCAGCAUCCAGUUUGCUUGAAAUCAGAAGUCAGCCACGGCCACCCCAUGCCGUGGCCAUGGUGCAACGCUAUCUUCCCGUAUUGCAAGGAUUUCAUCAAGGAGGACAAAGCAACAACAGCAAUGACGACAAGAAGGCCAAGCUCUUGCAAGCCUUGCAACGGGAAUUCGGAGACGCAGCAACAACACAAGAACCAGAAUACGACAAUACAUCUUGCAGCGCUUGUGGCAAGUCGUCAUCCAGUCGACUGUUGCGGUGUUCCCAAUGCCAAGCGGUGUGGUACUGCAAUCGCAAAUGUCAGAUACACCAUUGGCGGUCCGGUGGGCACAAACAACAGUGUCGACCCACCGCGAAAACAACAACAGUAACACCAACAGCAACAGUAAAAUGAGGGAAAAGCUCCACAGCAGACAUACAGGUUGCUGUACCGUAGCUUACAAUGAUAAAGACAGGUUGCUGUAACUAUGCAGUACCGGUAGGAGUUUGUGUUUUGUUUUCAAUUUAUUCAUUCAUUUUCUCUACUGAGUAGCAUGGUUGCAUGACUCAGCCAUAAUAAUAUUCAAUUCCACUCUGCUGAUUAGAUUAGAUUCAAUCC